GGAUAUUUACGACAAGAUGUGCUCCAAAAAAUCAAGGUUGAGACGAGAAAUCGAGGGAAAUCUGUUGUAAAUCUCAAAGAUGACGAAAGGAAAAGAAGCAGGAAGGAUACAAGUUUAUGUACGAGUUCGACCAUUUACGGAGAAAGAACGAGAGAAGAAAGAAAUMAACGCAAUUGCAUUGCAUCAUGAUCAUUCGCUGAUUCGUGUGCUUGAUCCGAGAAGAGAUACGAACUACUUCUUUGACGGUGUGUUUGGACCGGAAUCCUCAAACUAUGAACUUUACCUCAAAGUUGGUCGACCACUUGUUUAYGCAGCUCUCAACGGCUACAAGGGAACACUUCUGACCUAUGGACARACAGGCACUGGUAAAACUUACACAUUGCUUAGUGAAGAUGGAGUAACGACAAAUGUUGUGAACCACUGCUUCGAGAGAAUACAAGAUGACACUAUACACAGUUAYAAGGUCACGUGUUCCUUCCUUCAAGUCUACCAGGAAAAAGUUUAUGACCUUUUAAAUCCAAGAUUUACCGUCGAACUUCCGGUUCGUGAACAUCCCAAAAAAGGAGUUUAUGUUGCUAACCUUACACAAAACGAAGUGAAGUGUGCUGACGAUGUGCUUGCUUUGCUGGAGUUCGGCAARAGGCAACUGGUCAUGGCCGAGACAAAGAUGGUCCGCCACUCUAGCAGAUCUCAUUCUAUUAUGCAACUGAUUAUUGAGAGAAGACUGAAAGCACACAUAGCAAUGGAGCAAGCUUCCACUGAAGAACUCGGUCCCAAGUCCCCGGAGACCGUUCAUGAUUCCAUUAUGGCUGUUGACGAAACGAUCAACAACCUCUUGAAAGAAUUAAAACAAGACCGGAAAACUCACCAUAGGAGGGAACGAGAAUGCCUGAGAGAAUUGAUGGAGAAAGAGCUGGAAGACAGUCACUCAUUCAAAGGAGACGUCAUAGUCAAAGGAAAAAUUAAUCUCUGUGAUCUUGCUGGUAGUGAGCGCCUCACUAAAACCAAGGCCGAAGGUGUUCGACUUACGGAAGCCAAAUACUUGAAUACAUCUCUUUUGGAACUUGGUAAUGUAAUCCACGCCUUGGCACGAGGUAAAAAAAGACACGUGCCAUACAGAAACUCGACGCUUACACGCCUUCUUCAAGACUGCCUUGGAGACAAUGGAAAAACCAACUUUAUUGUUUGCAUCGCGCCAUCACUGAGUGAAAUCAACGAGACGAAAUGUAGUUUGAAUUUUGGUCUUCGUGCAAUGAGAAUCAUAAAUGUUGCACGGCUCAAUGUAGAGGUUGAUUACAAAGUACUGGCCGAAMGGUUGGCAAAGAAGCUGGAAGACCAAGAUCGUCGUCACAAGCUAGAAAAACUUGAAUACCUGAGAGAAAUACAACGUCUUAACUCAGCUGUGACGUCAUAUGAAGAAAGUGAACACGUGGUGAAUAGUGACACCGACACGCUUGUUUCAGUUAUUCAAAACCUUUCCAAGACUGUACAACGCGAAAAAGAAGAAGUCAAGAGUUUGCAAUCAGAACUGACGUUUUUAAAACGAAAAGUAGCCCAUUCUCCCACGGCAAACGCACCUGAUAUCGAGGCUUUGUUUCUCGCUGAGUUGAUGUCAAUGCAGCUGUUGACGCACGUUCAUCAAAGCGAGGCUGUAUAUGAAGCAGUGAGAAAUAGUGAUCUGCCAAGGAAAGUCAAGGAAUACAUGACAUCUGAAUGGACACAGCAAAACAUGGUGCUUAACACUGGAUACAUGCUGAAUCUAUUGGACACUGUGCUUGGAUUCAGUGAAGAAACGGAAAAUGGUAUAGAGAACAAGGCUGAAGCAAGCACAAAGGAUGGAGACACCAAGAAAGACUUGUCUACUCAGCCAGAGAAAGGUCAAGCAUCCAAUAAUAAAAAGACAACUAGUUAUGUGUCUAAUAUGACAGGAGGCCUAAGAAAGAUGUUAGGGUUGUUUGUUGGCAGCAAAGACACUGUAAAGACAGACACAAAAAGCGAACAGACCGAAGACAAACAAGUAGUAAAUGAAAGCACCAAAGCACAAGAUCUUCAGCUUAUUACCACCAGAGAAAUGAUGACAAGAUUAGCGAAAACAAAGGAAAAGGUUGAAAAACAUGUCUCUAAUCUGCUUUUGUCUGCUUUUGGGGAACAGCUGAUCUUUAGUCAAGGUAACGCACCUCAAUGGGGAGUUCUUGGRCGAAAAUUAAGCGAGCUUAUUAUGUUCAAACGAAAUAACAUAAUUGGCAUACAAGACACAGAGAUGUGGUCGAACUACGAAAAUAUGGUCGGUAUACUCGAGAGUUGUUUCAAGUAUGUCAUGAUAGACAAAGCUCUUCUGGCGUCCAUGAUCGUUAUUGAGCAUAUGAGUGGACGAGGAGCCCACUACCAAAGGCUACCCUCCCCUGGACGUGCUUUGAAGCUCAAAGCAGCACAGGAAAGCGUCAAAGCGAUGCAACAGGAACACCUUGAAGAAACAAUUAAGAAGCCAGCAAACGACAGUAAAGAAACCAUUGAAAAAACCUUGAYGUCUCCCAUCAAAACUCCCAAAGGACCCAAAGUACACCUGGAGCAAGAGAUUGACGAGGUUUUUGAUGACACCUCGAGGCUGGAAACUGAGUUGUUCGCAACUAUGGAAGAGAARGCUCGUCUCGAGGAYGAGUUGAUCCUUAUGAAGGACUACGUCAGCAGGCUUAAGUCUGAURUGUUUCACCUGAAGAUUGAACGAAGUAAUCUUGAAAAAGAUGUWAAAAAGACAGCAAAAAACAUUGUCACUCUUUCUGAGAACCAGCCAGAAGAACAAGUAAAUAUCAUGGAAGGCUACAGAGGUUUGCGCGUUGGAGAACUAUCCGAUGUUACUGAAGCCUCGCACGAGAGUAUUAGYGGAGAGAGUGAGAAUGGUUCACAAGUCUCWGAAGGAAACGAACAAAGUUCUCAGAUCUUGAAAAACUGCCUGGCCAGCAUGGCACAGAUGUAUACUUUGAUGCCUAACCAAGAUGAUGACACCUUGACCGAGGGUGGAGAUUCUGAUGAUAAAGACGGUAGUCUGUCCGAGAACGACAUCGAUGAUAGCGAUGAAGACGACAUAAUAAUUACYAAAAUUGCGCGUGGGAUCCAGGAUUAUCACUCGCCUGUAUCAAGUCCAACCAAAUCCAGGAAACCKGAYGGGGUKUCAAAGAAAUCUGAUGGUACUCAAAACAAACAUGCAGAGMAGAACAGCAAAAGUGGUCUAUCUGGAAAACAAGGGAAAAAUCCCUCCAAAGACGUAGUACAGGUCCAACGAACACACAAAACGUUYCAAGACCUUCAAGUUGCGUACGAAGACCUGGAAGACGAGCUAUACCAUGUCCGAGGUCAACUUAGUAAAGCCCAACAGAUCAUUCUAAGCCUUGAGGCCAAGCUGAAAGAAGAAAAAGAAAACUGGGARAAAAUUCGAAAAUUGUACYUGGAAUACAAAGACAAGAACGAUGUCCUUGAAGGGAAAGUUGGCAUUCUGAGAGAAGAGCUUGAAAAAGCACUUMGAGAAAACACCUUUUUAAARGAUUACCAUCAAGUGGAUGUAGUUAAAGAYGGUCAAACAAAACUAUAUUCACAUCAYAGCCGAUCACCAACCAGAUCGCCUUCACGACGUAAGGUAUUUGAUCUGAGGAACAUCCCAUCCAUACAAAAUAGCAAUCGGGAACUGCAGAUCAUCAAUCUCUUGGAGGAGAACACAGAACUGAAGACUCUUAACGACAAACUGACUGAAGAAAAGGCCUUAGUUGAAAACAUCUCUAAGGACAAGGAYUGCAAACUGAAAGGYUUGGAAACAACACUUCGAUUCCUUGAAGAAGAAAAGGAGACACUCAAGGAAGAGAUYGAGACAAUCCACAGAAGAAAGUUCAAACUAGGAAAUGACACUCAAGARARGCGUGAUGGAUACACUAUGUCACCAGCUGAGGUCGAUCUCUUUAGUAAAGAGUGCGCRCAACUGGAGAAAGAGUUAGCAAUGGAAAGGAAUCGUGCCGCCAAGAUGCAGAAYGAUAAUCUGAAGUUAUCCAAAGAYCUUGAAAAGAUGGAAGCAGAACUUGAAAAAUGGAAAAACGGUCUCUUAAAAUWUGAGCACAUUCGAGACGAAGAUCUUACCCCGACCAACGAGAAAACUGACAAGGAGAAAUGGUCGAGAAACCGWAAUAACGCCUUUCAAACCGUGUUUAUUGAUGAUGACUUUGGAAGUGAAGAAGAAGGCAAGAUGAAAGAAACUGGAAUAGACAGUAACAUUGGAACAAAAGACGAGUUAAAGGACUUAACUAUCAAAUUACAAAAGGAAAUGCUCUCCAUGUCAGAAUAUCAAGAGGCAUUGGAAAAAGAAUAUGGCGAAAUAAAAGAUGAGUCUGAAAAACUAAAGAAGGAGAUGCAGACAAAAGACGGGACAAUCAAGUCUCUGGAGAACGAAAUUGCAAGUCUAAAGCGACAAAGCAACAGCAAACAAACAAGUGAUAGCCACAGCACCUUCUUCAGUCGYCUGAACAUGAGAACAUCGCCGUCUAAGCUAAAGACAACGAAAGAAGAAUUCGACUUCUCUAACAGCAAAAAAGAUGAGCUCACGUAUCAAGAUUUUAAGAAAUUUGAAGAGGAAUUUAACAAUCUAAAGCGAGAAAACACCGAUCUUCGACAACAAAUAACCAAGAGUGAGCAAAAGAUCGCCAUUUACGAAGCUGAUUUGGAAAAAGCAAUGUUGAAGAUCAAACAGCUUCAGGAGGAGCGCAUACGAAAAGGUGUWAAAGUCGAYGUUGCAGACAACAAGCUUGUACAUAUUAAAGGAACAGAACAGAGCACUGAGAGCAAACCAACUGCAGCUGAUGCUGGGCAUUACUUGGCUUCCACCGAUGCGAAAUUAAGCAAAAGUACAAAAGAGAUMGAAAGACURAAAGAACAACUUCUCGACAAGGAAGCUGAGAAGGGGCUUCUUUAUGAUGAACUACACUUGAUUCGUCGAAGGAAAGACGAGCUUGAUAAGGCUUUAGAUGAGGCUAGAGAAGCAAGAACAGAGCUACAGGAAAAAAUGGAUCAGAUGGCAAAAUGUACACAUUUCGAGGAUUCUGUUAAAGAGCUAACUGAGAAAAAUAAGAAAAUAAUGGCCAAGUUACAGCAAAGCGAAGAAACCAUCAAAUCAUUGACAAAGAAAAAUGAGAAACAAAGUGAGAAGCUCAAAACCAUCGAAGAGGAUUUGGUUUCUGCAUCGGGAGAGAAGCUUAAAGGAGACUUUGAACUAAGGAAUGUUGUAUUAGAAAUGGAGAAAGCUAAGAAUGAUCUUCAACAUAGUGAGCAGGAAAGUAAAAUGCUGAGUUCUGAGCUUAAUGAGAAAAUAGAAUGGGCGACGAAUCUAGAAAUUCARCUCAUGGAGCUAAAAUGUUCAAAUGAAUGCAUGAAAAGUGAGAUUGAAGAAAUGAAAGAAAAGAAACGAAUGGAAACCCACCAGAAUCAGGAGAAAAAUAUAUGCAGGGAAACAAUGGAGAAAAGAUUACAAGAGGCUUUUAAGACAAACAACCAGCUGCAAAAAGARGUUCAAUCUGCAAAAGAGGUCAAYAAUGAAUUGAAUGAAAAGCUACGCAACGCAAMUGAAAACAAAAUUGCAAUGGAAGAAGAAGUAGAGRGACUWAAAGURAAGCUAUCGCAGUUUCGUUCSGASCUGGAAAACUCMWCARCCGAGAAGAAACAAUAUGAAGUCAAGACAAARAAGYUAGAAGAAACGAGAAAGAAAAUGGACGAAGACUUCAAGCGUCUAAAAGACAACAUCACCAACCUACAAGGYGACUUACAAAGGGUAGAAAAGGAGCAAGAGGAGUCCGUGAAAAAGAGCAGUAAUUUAGAAARAGAAMUAAAACGMAAGAGUAAAGAACUGGAGAGCAAACUGAGAGAAAACCGUAAACUUAAGAAAGACAUAAAUGCAUUGAAAGAAAAUACCACCGUGGAAAACGAGCAAGAUGCUGGUCAUGGUGUAGAGGURAAGGAAUUAAAAGAAAGACUAGAAGAACUUGAAAAAGAAAAUGAAGAUCUUUAUAUCAGACUAGAUACCAUGAAACACCARGACAACAAAGAAAAUAAUAAGCAUGUCAGUUUUGCGUCAAGUGCUUUGAGUAAUGAGAUAGGAUGGGACUUCGAACAUGAAAUGCCCUCCAAAGAAAAUGUGUUUAAAGACAAAUACGAUUUGAGUGAUGAAGUUGGAUGGGAUCUAACAGAGAUCAUGGCCAAACACCAAGAAACCGACCCUGCAGAAGAUGACGGCGAGUCCUUAGAUUCAAAUACUGAUUCUAAACCUGAUGCAGAAUCCCUAGARCAACAAAGCAAUGAAUCAGAACCUGAAAAAAUGCCAGCAAUACAGGAAGAAUCCUAUGAAAAUGUACAGUUUGAUGCCACGGCAUCGAUGGCACAGAUAUGCAAAGAGAAGCUUCUUUUGGAGAGCAAAACAGCAAAACUUUUGGAGAACAAGACGUCRCAUCUCACCAAGACACAAAUGAGCCUGGAGUAUUCCUUAAGUAARGCRCUGAGAGAAAAUAAACAACUUGUGGACAAAUUAAAUGACUCACAAAUCAUUUUACAGAGGAUAAAAGGUCGAGUUCAAAAGYUGGAAGAACAGACCAAUGUGAAUACWGUUCGYACAGACGUAGAMACCCAAACAWGCWRCCCUACAWUCCUAUCAACUGGCACACAGAUUAGAGAAGUUGACAUUUCACCAAUAACCGAAGAAAAACUUAAGGAGUUUAAUGAAGAAACAGAACCAACAAAAUCUGGUAUGAGCGCAAAGGCAAUAGUGUACCUGACCAGAGAAAAGAAACAGAUUGCUAAAGAGCUUGAGGCUUUAAAACUAAAACAUGAAGAAAUCAAUAGAAUCCUCACUGAAAAGGAAGAUGCAAGAUCUAAACUUGAACAGGAACUUCACCUGAUAACGACAGCGUACAAACAGGAAAAAGAAAGUCUUCUCCAUGAUCUARAAACGUUGAAGAAAGAAAACAACGAUAUCAAAGAGAAACUCAAAAGCCAAGAGGAGUUUCACAUGAGCUGUGAAGAGAUAAAACAAAAACAUCAAGAGGCAGAAAGGCUUGUUACGGAACUCGAAAAAGACUUGAUGCGACAGACGRACGAGAAAAAUAUCCUCAAAAAGGAGUUGAUUGACAGUCGCAACAAACUAACGGAGGUAACGGCUUUGGAACAAGAAUUACAAAGACUAAGAAAUGAAAAUAAACAAGUCGAAGAAUCCAUGGGUAAGCAGCUCGAGCAAUACAGGAGAGAGAAUGAGGAGUUAUUAGAACAGUUAGAAAACCGAAAGAAAUCCUGGACACCAACCAGUCCAAAGAAGGGAAAGAAACGGGAAAGCUCGACAKYYUCUGAAAAGAAAUCCCCGUCAMUGAAYAACRCAAUGCAGAACGAUCCAGCUGACAAUGGAGUUAUAAAWGAUKAUGAAAAACGAGACAAAAUCUUGGAGCCUUUCCUAGAAACACCGCAAGAAAUACCCAAAUCUCAUGAAGAUCCAUCAAACAACAUCGAAACAACACCUGUUGAAGAMAUUCAAGUGUCCAGUGGUCAUGAAUGCAUGGAUGAUGGCUCCACCGAAGAAACAAACUGCACUUCUUGCUCAAGAGAUGAUACACACCAUGAAACUCAAUUAGAUCCAUCAMAAGAAACCCAUGAGCAUAUUCAAAUGGAGAUGAAUGAAGUGGUYCAAAGCAAYGAGGAAGAAAUACACCAUCUUCAUAACGAAAACAGCUCAGAAUUUGGUGAAAUAAGUGAUCAAAGUAAAGACUAUUCCAAAGCRAAAGAUGACACCGCYAGUGAAAAGGGUUUUGAAACUGAUGAAGAAGCCGAUAUCGAAGAAAAACUUGUCAAAAUACUAAAAGAAAGGCARGCAAUGGAACAYGAAGUUCAAGCGAUGGUMCAAGAAAUGAAUACACUUAGAACCAAGCUUACUAAGAUUCAKUCAGAACAUGAAAACAGUGCGGAACAAGAGAAUAAGGAGCUYAAAAACCAGUUAGAAACACUGCAAAACGAUAAGAAAUGUAUUGAUGACCUACUAAAUGAAAUGAAAACUAAAAAUGCACAGUUAGAAAUUCAACUUUCUGAUGCUAAUGACGUGAAACAGGCCUUGGAARUAGAACUCCAGAAACUAAARGWAUCUACGCGUGAGAUUGAAAGCCUAGAAAAAGAGAAGAUUGAUGAAGUUGCUGCAAGGUGCAAGAAACUUGAGGAAGUCCUUUCAGUGGUUGUGGACGAGAAUUCUAAUYUAUUGAAGGAAGUGUCAGGUUUAAGAGAAGAAAAUCGUAAGUUAAAGAAACGCAAUAUAUCAGAGAUCGCUKAUGGCAGUACUCAGSACUCUCCURAGGCAUUUGAAACAGAGCAAAGCAUAGAGAAGGCAAGUCUUAAUGGAAUGAAGAAAAARGGAAAYAAAGGAAAUGAYGAGACYCCAAUCAUAAAUGUCUCGUCUCCAGGAUWCCACGAUCAAUCACACAGUKUAGAACAAGGGUUCUCCACCAGAAGUACCACGGAACAAAGCCUGUCAAAUAAAGAUCAYUUGCAAUUACCACUUGAAUCAAGUAUGAAGCGAUACCCUCACCAAACKUCACURAACACUGAAUCCAAGCCAYUAUCUGCAUCAAGUCCCGACGUAUCAUSCAAAGAAGGGCAAGARAGAAUACCAAAUUCCAACAGCAAAGAACACGUGGGUAUUCAAAGGCAUGUAAGCUCUACAAAUGGAGAGUUUAUCGYAGYAACACCUGAGAGUGAAUCRGGAUAUGGSGGAAGUAAAGGAGGGAACACUCUUUGUAGACAGUGCCUUAAAUCUACUUGCGAGUGUGASUCACCAGUACGWAAAGAGUCCACWACACGUAAUGAUAUGAAAGAUACCAAUGAUAUCCUUAGUACCGAGUCAGUGUACGGUAGCGUUAGUGUUGAUGUCUGUACGGACAGCUCGUUUGCUUCAGCAACUGACUUUGAAGACAUCAGUUUCUCAUCAGACUGGGUGUCAGCUGAAGACUUACGAGCAGGACGAGUAACGGCUAGAGGACAUCGUGGACUGAGUAAAAUACACAGAGAGCUUGCUGAAAUUAAAUGUACCAACACAAUACUGGAAAAUGAGAUGACUAUMUUGAAACACAGAAAUUCUGACUAUCAGUCGCAGCUYCAAAAACUUGCAGGAAAGAAUAAUACCUUAAAACAAAAACUAUGUGAGCGUUCAAUGAUAACAAAGAAGGCUGAAAGAGAAAUAGAAGCGCUAACAGACGAUAAAAUGAGAUUAGAAGUUCAAAUUACUGCGGCAAAGGAAGAAGUCAAUCAUCUUGAACGCGAGAAAUCUAAACUUGAUAGGAAUUUAUCGAGUGCAAAAGCUGAGAACAAGCGUUUGAAAAUCGAUUUGGGRAUGGUAAAAGCUGAAAGUUAUAAAAAUAUGAAACAAUUAGUGAAGUUAGAAGCAGAGAACAAAAAACUUUUAUCUGAGUUAGAAGAAACGCAAGAAGAGCUUAAAAACACYAARGAACUUUUAGUUCACUUUGAUAACGSCUCGUUAACUUCCCUAGAGGACAGACUGUCAUGCACAUCUCCAGUUUCUAACGAAGGAKUACAYUUCCCUAUGUCAGCUGAGUCGAGUAACCAAAGGGAAGGKAACGGUGUACCACAUGAUCGAUCAAGAUUAAAGUUAGAAUUACGGAAUAACAGUCAUGUACGUCGAGUGACGAGUGAACAGUCGUUYCCAAGGUAUCAUAGUGUGGCUAAAGAACUAGCUACAUCAUCGGAAUCAGAAACUAUAUCAUCUCCAGAGGGUUUCGAUGAGCAACAACGUCGAAAAGCCUACCCACAACGUCUCACCAARUCACAGUCUCUUACAACUGAAAGAGUUGAAGKGCGUACACAAUCCAAAACCGAUGAAUCUGAUACCACAGAGACAACAGAAAGCGGUCUGCACCAGCCACUGAGAGAGAUCAAAUCACCAUSYGAACAGACCCAACCUGAACAGGCACGACCRCUAACUGAACGAACACAAAGCCAGAUGUCAUAUGAUAGUGACAUGAGUUUUGGYGAGAAGGACAUCGAAAGUUGUAGUCAAAGUGAAGAAACUGAGGGAUCAUCCAUUGACCUGGAUGGRAAAGGAAGACARCAAGGGUCAAUCAAGAAAAUGUUCAAACGUUUCUCAAAAUCCAAGAAAAUAACAAAGUCAACUUCAAGUUAAUAAUAGCACAAAUAGCAUUUUUGGAAUUUAUAAUCCUAGUUUAUUCGUUUAGGAAAUAUUGUCCGAAUGACAGUUUUUUUUAAAUUGCUGAGAUUUUCAAAAGUCUAAAAGAAUUAGAGAGCGUGAUAAUAAACUUUUAUAAAGAAGUGUUAUUCUGUUUCUAUGAUAACAAAUUUGGAAAAAUGGAAUUAAUAUUGUUUCUGACAUGAACUUUGAACAGUCGUGAGAAAGAGUGCUGAAAUCUCAAACAGUGAAAAGUUACCUAACGAGUCAUUUUCAUUAUUUUUAUGUAAUUCUAAUUAAAAUACAUGUAUAUCCAGACUGAAUUUAUCAAGAUUAUAUUCAUAUAUAUUAUCAUAUAAUAGUAAUAAAAUAUUUUUA